AUGGAGUUGUAUGGUCUCGCUGGCACCGGAAUAUACCUUGCACGUGAGAAAAUGAGCAAAGAUGUUGACCCGCGCUCCUUGAAACACUUUGCGAUCAAGGUGGAAAAGCAUCAAACAAUGCUUUCCCACUUUUUGGCAUCAUAUUACUCUCCUCCCAUGGUUAUGACUUUUGAGAAAUCAAAAGAUCUUCGAUUUAUCCCCACCGAAGCAUUUAUCAUGCUCUUAUUAACCACAAGUAACAGAUUUCCCAAGCUAGAUUCCAUUUAUAUACAUGAUCGUUUUCAGGCGAUUGUCAUGUCUCCAUGCGUCGACUACGCCCCUGACCUUCAUCCUCUUCCAGGGGGAGGAUUCCGUCGUAUAUUUAAACCUUUCACUGGAAGAUAUCUAAUGACGUCCAGGGGAAAACCACUUUUAGAUGAGAUGGAAGCUUGCAAAGUUGCGGGCCAAAUCUUGGAAGGGUUUUUGGAGCUGGCUGAUUUGAAUAUCUGGCAUAAUGAUUUUUCGGUCAAUAAUUUUGUCGUCGAUCAAGAGCUUAAUGUCACAAUUAUUGAUCUGGGGGAUAUCAAAUUUGGGCUAAAGGAUGCUGACUUUCUUGAUGACAAGCGUGUUUACUUGCCCUUUCAGGAACACCUAAUGUCACCCGAGCUAGCCAGGGUUUUGUCAGUCCAAGGCUGGUUUAAAAUGUAUACCGAUGACAAGCACGACAUGCGUCAGGUCAUCAUUUGGAAAUUUGGUGUUAUAUUAUUCGGAAUUCUGCAUGGAUACUGGCCAUGGGAUGAUCAACGAGAAGGGCAAGGCAACUUGCUUGAUUUUGGUUCCUCCGAGGCUCAAAUUCCGAGAGUCAUGGAGAGACGAGCAAGGAUUAUGAGUGAUCCAUUACUCCUAAACGAGAGUCUCAGCCAGGACUGUAAAGAUGUACUGCGUGCCAUGUUGGCACUAAAUCCGGAAGAUAGACCCUCCCUGCGACGGUUGGCAACCAGCUAUCCUUGGUUCUUGCAAUGGACCUUAAAUUCAUAG